AUGGAGGCUGCCGGUCUAAUGGAUAUUCGUCCCUGCCUGCCGAUCCGGGGGAUUUGCGAUUAUUCUGACUCUCACAAGAACAAGGAAUGGCAGAGAUAUGCCGCAGCUACCGCAGCUGCUUAUGCGGGGGAGUUGCUGGAGGUGCUCCCCGUCGCUGAAGUGCAAACGACGGUCGCUCCGGCGCCGAAUUCUCGUAAGUCAAGUCCAGUGUUUCCGGACCAUGCUCUCGUCAUUACGGUCGAGCGCAUCUUAGAAAUAGACAGCAAAGAUAGAACCCCCGUCCUAUCUCCAAUACAACCCACCACGUUGUCAUGCGGCCUCAAAAUGCUGACGUCAAUGUCUUGUAGUGCAGACUUCCUUCCAAGUAGCCUUUGGCCUACAAGGCGUGCCCGUAUCAGACAAGUUUGUCGAUAGACCAACCGACAGGGCUGCGCUCGAGCAGUGUCUUUUGCCACAGCAGCCCCCUACCGAACGACGGGGGGUAUAUUUGCAUGGGCUUGGCGGCAUCGGCAAGACGCAGCUGGCUAUCGACUUCGCCCGUCGUUACAAGGCCACCUUUAGUGCGAUCUUCUGGCUAGAUGGGCGGUCUGAGGAUCAAUUGAAGCAGAGCUUCGCCAGAUGCCUUGGCAGAAUCCCUGAACUUCGGACCGCUAGCCGCAACGGCUUGAACCUUAAUAGCAAGGAGAGUCUCAAUGUUGCGGUGAUGAAAGUGAUUGAGUGGCUCGCUAGACCAAGCAAUACUCAAUGGCUGCUGAUUUUUGACAAUGUCGAUCAAGAUCAGCAGCAAGGUGGUGCAACGGGGACAUAUGACAUCCAGCAAUAUUUCCCUGGAGACCAUGGUUCAGUCCUGAUAACGACACGAUUGUUACGCUUGCAACAGCUGGGUAGCUCAAAGCAUUUGACCCACGCCGACCCAGACCAGAGCAGGGCCAUUCUACAGACGUGGUAUGGAAAAGAACUGCGUGGGUUACAACUCCCGGUCACGCUUUAGUCCUUGCCACGGCGCUAACUUUGGUUCUAGAUUGGCGCCCAGAUUACGACACCCUUCUCGAGUUGUUACAAGGUUUACCACUGGCUUUGGCGCAAGCUGCAUCAUACUUGCGUGAGACAGGCAUGGAUGUUGCAACCUACAUCCAGAUUUACAACCAACAAUGGCGAAAGCUCAUGGAAUCUGAUGAUCCUCUGACGGAUUACCACCAAGGAAGUAUUGCCACUACAUGGGCAGUAUCUCUCGACGCGAUCGAACGUAAGAGUACGGAUGCCACGAAUGUAUUACGGCUGUGGGCGUGCCUCGACAAUAAACAGUUCUGGCAUGGUUUACUCGAAGUAGCCAAAUCUGCGGACUUUGAAGAGCAGUGGUCACCUUGGCUGUUUCGUAUGGCAAACGAUGUGGCCUGUUUUGCAGAUGCGAUGGGACUUCUGCUCCGUUAUUCGAUGAUCCAGGCCCAAGCAGAGCCAAGCGGGAGUUACGCCAUGCACCCAGUAGUGCAUCGAUGGGUACUGCAUCUGGACAGCAACGAGAAGAAUAGGGAUUUUGCGCGCCUGGCACUUGUAUUGCUUGGCCGUUUAGUACCAGGCCGAGAAACGAAAGAGUAUUGGAUUCUGCAGCAGAGGAUCCUUCCCCAUGCAGAGCAAUGUUCAACGUGGAUACAAGAGGACCUCUUACGAUCGGAUGAGACAGCUACUAGUGACAAGGCUGUGAUAGACUCGGUCCACUGCCUUGGGGUUCUCUACAGGGACCAAGGCAAGUUUAGCGAAGCUGAGGCGAUGUACAAUCGAGCACUGGAAGGCAAAGAGAAGGUACUUGGGCGUGACCAUGCAUCGACUCUCGAAACCGUCAAUAAUCUAGGUGUUCUCUACAAGGACCAAGGCAAACUCAAUGAGGCUGAGGUGAUGCUUGACCGAACACUGGAAGGUAGGGAGAAGGCACUUGGGCGUGACCAUAUGUCGACUCUCGAUACCGUCGAUAACCUAGGGAUCCUCUACUGGAGCCAAGGCAAGCUCACCGAAGCUGAGGCGAUGUAUAAUCGAGCACUGGAAGGCAAAGAGAAUGUACUUGGACGUGAUCGUACGUCGACUCUCAGAACCAUCAAUAACCUAGGGGUCGUCUAUAGGGGCCAAGGCAAGCUCAGCGAAGCUGAGGUGAUGUACAAUCGAGCACUGGAAGGCUACGAGAAGGCACUUGGGCGUGACCAUACGUCGACCCUCGAUACCGUCCACAACUUGGGGAUCGUCUACUGGAACCAAGCCAAGCUAGGUGAAGCUGAGGCGAUGUACAAUCGAGCGCUGGAGGGCAGGGAGAAGGCAUUUGGGCGUGACCAUGCGUCGACUCUCAGAAUUGUCAAUAACCUAGGGGUCGUCUACUGGGACCAAGGUAAGUUUAGCGAGGCUGAGGCGAUGUACAAUCGAGCACUGGAAGGCAGGGAGAAGGCACUUGGGCGUGGCCAUGCGUUAACUCUCUCGACCGUCGAUAACCUAGGUGUCGUCUACAGGGACCAAGGCAAGCUAGGCGAGGCCGAGAUGAUGUUUAACCAAGCACUGGAAGGCAGGGAGAAGGCACUUGGGCGUGGCCAUGCGUUAACUCUCUCGACCGUCGAUAACCUAGGUGUCGUCUACAGGGACCAAGGUAAGUUCAGCGAGGCUGAGGCGAUGUAUAAUCGAGCACUGGGAGGCAGGGAGAAGGCACUUGGACGUGAUCAUACGUUGACUCUUGAUACCGUUCACAACCUGGGGUUCUUUACAAGGACCAGGGUAAGUUUGAAGAGGCUGAGACAAUGUUCAACCGAGCACUGGAAGGAUUCCAGUCCGCCCUUGGACAAAGCCACCCAAAGACGCAAACUGUUACGCAUGACUUGCAGCUCCUGCACUCCAGCCAAGGUAAGGGCAACCAAACUAUGAUUUUGUGUGCACGUCGCCUGAUCGAAACAGAUACAUACCCAGGCAGACCUGUAA